AUGGAGGAACCCCCGUCAGCGCCACCACAACCCCCACCGCCACUCCCCCACCCCCCUUCGGUGCCGCAUCAUGGUGGAAUCGUCACUGGCGCUUCCCCAGGUCUCUCGCCCACCGCAUCUCUGAUGCUAUCUAGGCGGCGCUUCAUGGCGGAACCGCCGCCAGCGCUUCCCCAGCCCUUGUCGCACGGCCCCAUCGCCGCCGCGCCUGUACCACCGCGUCUCACCACGUCUUCGACGGCCAACACAUGGGGCCCAGCGGCACCAACCUCUCCGAGUGGCCAUGUCGCCCAGAACCCUAGCAUUGGGGAUUCCGGCGAGGUGGAGAGUGGGGCAGUGGCGCCGACGGCCGAGGCCCUCCCCAAGAUCAACUCCUUUGUGGGCGCACUUGCAGCAGCCCAUCUGCCCCAGAAUUCCAUGCCCGACGAGGAGGACGGCAUAGCUGAUGAAUGUGGCUCGACCUCUCUCUCUGCUAUUUGCGCUAGGAUGAUCCAGUCUUGUAGCUAUACAGUAGAGGUGAAGGUUUGUGGCAGUGGAACCAAAAUCACUGGGGAUUCGAUAUUUAGUUGGCAGAUUAUUGAGGGUAGUAGGACAAGUAUGAAGGAUUUGCUGGCUUGUAUUGCCGGAAAUUUUGCUUUAUGCUCAGAGGAUAAUAUAUUUCUUGAGUACUUUGAUUCCAUUAGUGGCAAAAAUAUCUCUGUGUCAAAUGAUGAAGAAUGCAUGAAAAUGUUUGCCUGUUUUGAUCAGAAUAGAAGUGGCCAUUUGAUCAUCAAAUAUUCCGAGAGAAGUGAUAAUGUUGAUGUUCCAUGUACUCCUUCGAACCAAACACCAUCUAUAGCACUGCCUAGUCAACCAAGUAGCGUCAUUGAUGAAGCUAGUGUAUGCCUAACAGAUACAUAUCUUGACAAUCCGCAUGAAGAAUAUGAACAUGUUGGUGUAGAUGAGGAGGACCAGUACUCAAUUGGCAGUGUUGGUUCCGAUAGUGAUGAUGAGGUCAAAGAAAAAGAUAUACCAAAUAAUGAUUAUGUUGAGGAUAGCAGUGAUGAUGAGGAAUGGGUUGCAGAAGAUGCUAGACCGGAUGCUAUUCCAGAAAAUGCUUAUGACAAAGAAAACCCGCCAAUGCAUUUGAAAGAGUUCGAAUUCAAGGUUGAAAAAAGUGAACCUACUCGAUUUAGGGCUUAUUGUCGCCGGGCAAAGAAGACGGAUUGUAAAUGGAGAAUUCAUGUUGGGAGGUUGGAUGACCAAGAAACUAUGGAGGUCAAAGUUCAUGUGCAGGAGCACACUUGUUCUAGCGCAAAGAAGAAAAAGAAGCAGAAAAAUGCUUCAAAGGCAUGGGUGUGUGAGAAAGUCAUGGACUGGGUAAAAGAAGAUCCUAGUGUUCGGCCGAUGGAGUUACGGAGGAGGCUACAUGACAAGUACAAAAUCAACGUCCAAUACAUGAAAGUAUUCCGUGGCAAAGGGCUAGCAAUGGCUAAGUUGUUUGGUAACUGGGAUGAUUCUUUUGACAAGCUAUAUGCUUGGAAAGCUGAGGUUGAGAAGAGGUCUCCUGGAAGCAUAGUUGCGAUUGACCACAUGGAGUAUGAUCAGAAAAAAUAUUUCAUACGGAUGUUUGUUGGGCCGAAGGCUUUGUGCGAUGGAUUCUUGGCUGGCUGCAGACCUUACUUGGCGAUAGAUAGCACUCAUUUGACAGGCAAGUACAGAGGCCAAUUAGCUACUGCUUGUGCCGUUGAUGGGCACAAUUGGUUGUAUCCUGUAGUCUAUGGAGUUAUUGACUCAGAAACUACUGAAAGUUGGGUGUGGUUUUUGGAGAAGCUUCAUGAUGCUAUUGGCUCUCCCCCUGGUCUAGCUAUAUGUUCAGAUGCGGGAAAAGGGAUUGACACUGCAAUCGAACAGGUCUUUGGGUAUGCAGAACAUAGAGAAUGCAUGCGACAUUUGGUUGUGAACUUCAAGAAAAAGUUUCAUGGUAAAGUUUUUGAUGAUCAUUUGUGGCCGGCUGCUUAUUCAUGGACUCCUCGAGGGUUUGACUAUCACAUGGCAGCCAUAGAGGAGAAAAAGGCUGCUGCAAUAGCAUAUUUAAACAAGUACCACAGCAGGCUAUGGUCAAGGAGCAAAUAUUCAACCUCCUAA